GAACGUCUUGAUGGUGAACUAGACGAUUCGACAUGGCGCCUUCUAAAGAGCGGCAUUUGGGGCAGUGCCGCUUUAUUAACCACCCAGGCGGCUGCAAACAGGGUGCUUUCUGUAAAUUCUCACACAAUACACAAGGCUCUCCGAGUAUCGAAAAACCAACGACAUCGACUGAAGCCAACCGGUCGACCACUAAAGAUGUAAGCAAUGAAGGCUAUUUCUACAAGUGGAAGAGAAUGGCCAAGAAAGGUUCUGGGAAUCAACCGUUAUCCUUAGGCUUCAAAUUGCCUCAAUACUUUCAGAUGGCCCGCGACCUAGUCCGAUGUGACCUCGAUGUUCUUCAAAAGACGGUAACUGAACUUGCGACGGACUCGGGAGCCUUAGCAGUGCGCGAGAUGAUUGACGAACGUAUCCCACUUUGCGAUACCGAUAUCAAACGCAUAACCCUUUGGCGUACUUGCAUUCUGCCAUUCUUUGAAAUACUCACCGAGCCACGGGUGAGCCGUUCGGUUAUCUUGGAAGUUUACACCGGGACAAUCUAUAAUGUUAUUUUUGGUCCCAACGGGUUUCGAAUGGAAAUUCUCUUCAACUUUUUGGUCGAACUGGCCUUAAAAUGGGAGUCACCUCUCACCCAAGACGAUGACAAAUCCAAAGCUCAGUUCCUAGAGCUUGAGUGUGCAAUCUUCGCUAAGAUGAUUAGCUAUAACUCUCAAGCUCUCAUCAGCGAGAAAGUCCCACCAAUUCUUAGUCGAAUACUAGAACUCGUAAAUGAUGUUGAUCAGAGCGAGCAUAACUUUUGGACCUUACAAGCGAGACAUUACCUUGAGUAUAUUGAGCGCCGUAUCGGCGUUAUCAAAGAACUCUCCCAAGAUGAUGUCCACAAACCCCAAAUACUUAGUCAUACGAAGUUCGAAUUGAGUCGUGACCUUCCUGGAAGCUUAUCUACUGAAGGCCCACGUCAUGACAAUGACCAUGAGGACAUAACUAAGAUCCGGAUCCUACCAACCUUGUCAGAGAUCAUGUCCACUCGAGCAGAUUACAGGCCACCCCAAGACCCUUCACAGCUACACUUACCAGGAAUUCAAGGGUUGAUUGAUCGUCAUUUUCGACUGCUCCGAGAAGAUAUGGUUGGGCAGUUGAAAGAUUGUAUUGCUGAAGAGUUGUGCAUUCUUGACCAUCCUGAGAGCAAAGCUACUGCCAAUUCACAAAAUCAUAUUCGGACGAACUCCUACAAUAUCGCAGAGAUCAUGAAUAUCAAAUGCACCCGCCGUUGUGAAUUGGAAUUCCAUUUAAAAAUUGACCAGCCUUCUGCUGCAGGCAAUUUGAGUGCUGAAGCUCGAGCAGAUUGGUGGAACCUAUCAAAGCGCUUGGAAAUAGGCGCUCUUGUGUGUCUCCUGGAGGAGAAUACUGUAGUCUUUUGUGUUGUAGCUGAAUCUACAUCGAGGCCUGAUCCAUCUCGCCAACGUAUACCAAAGGAAGACAAGGAUGGAAAUGCCGUAAAAAAGAAUCUGUACAGCAAUAAGGAUUUCGCAUACGUGAAUCUCAAUUUAGCAGAACCGAACGAGAUGGAUUUAAAGAUUAUGUUAUCUGCAACGCAGUCACAUGAACCCGCCAGGAGAUCAUUGGUUGAGUUCCCUGGCAUCUUGUUGCCCUCCUUCAAGCCUACUCUAUCAGCCCUCCAACAAAUAUUUCAGACUUUGGAUCUUCCAUUCGCCGAGCUCCUCGCGCCAAGUUCUGAUGGGCCCACAGAACUUAACAUUCCACCUCCCUUAUAUGCGUCGAAACCUGGGUUUUAUUUUAACUUGGGCUGCCUUACAUAUGACGGAAAUGAACUGAAGUUCUCAACGAAGGAUACGGUGGAUUCAGAGGAACUUUGCAGCAGAUCAAGCCUCGACGAAGGCCAAGCUACUGCCAUUCUGAACACCUUAAAAAGAAGCCUAGCACUUAUUCAAGGACCUCCAGGUACAGGAAAAAGUUAUACUGGCGAGGCAAUUAUCAAGGCCCUUCUAGCGAACAAAGAACAGGCUAGCAUAGGACCAAUCCUCUGUGUUUGUUACACCAACCAUGCAUUGGACCAACUUCUUGAGCAUCUUGUUCACAGAGGAAUAAAACAAGUUAUCCGUAUUGGUUCAAGAUCCAAAUCAUCAGUCCUUACAAACCUAAAUCUACGUAAUGUAGGAAAGGAUAUGGAACGUACAAAAUCGGAGAGGAAUGCUUCAUGGAAGUCGGGUUCAGCCUUAAAAGAAGUCGGAGACGAAAUGAAAGCUUUUUUAACCAAACUCAAAGCGUCGGCAAUUCAUAGCAAGGUCAAGGAAUAUCUCAAGGCAAACGAAAUACCGUUUUAUAACGCGAUAUUUGGUAUAGAAGAGGACGACUGGACCAAAGUUGCCAACAAGGAGGACCUAGCCUACUUCAUGGACUGGGUUAAUAAAGGUUCCGUAUCGAAAGAACCAGUUGGAGAUAUUGAUGCACUGAAACAGAAAGAUCCAACACUUUUGAGUCAACAGGAAAGAUUUGCUCUUUGCACUGCGUGGGGCUCUGAAGUAGCUACCAACAUACAAGAUGAAUUUGUCUCUCUUCACGAUGAAUAUCAAGAGGCUAAGAUAAAGCAUGAUACCGUGUCCCGUGAGGUUGACCUUCGUGUUUUACAAGAAGCUGAUAUAAUCGGUGUUACGACUACUGGCCUAGCCAGAAACUUGGACAUUCUUCGAAAGCUUGAUAGUAAAGUGCUACUUUGCGAGGAAGCCGGUGAAGUCCUAGAGAGUCAUAUUCUCACGGCGUUGCUUCCCUCUGUGGAGCACGCUAUUCUUAUUGGGGAUCAUCUUCAACUCCGUCCUAAAAUUUCGGAUUAUGAGCUUUCCAUUGCAAAUCCUCGUGGUCAGCAAUAUUCACUAGAUGUGUCACUUUUUGAGAGACUCGUCCAACCGAUCCGACCAACAGACUUGAAACUACCAUUCGAUAUGCUCGAAAUACAACGGAGGAUGCAUCCGUCAAUAUCUAGUUUGAUAAAAAACACCAUAUAUGAUACUCUUAAAGACGCCGAGAAAGUCAACGAUUAUCCCGAAGUAGUCGGCAUGGGGAAACGAUUGUUUUGGUUCGAUCAUGAGAAACCUGAAGCACGAUCGGAUCCCAACUUUCCUACGAGUACUUCUCGGACAAACGAUUUUGAGAUCGAAAUGGUUUCCGCCCUCGCCUCUCAUCUUGUCCGCCAAGGCGCGUACGGGCGUGAUGAUAUUGCUAUUUUAACGCCCUAUCUCGGACAAUUGCACAAGCUAAGAAAGAGGUUGCAGGGCUCAUUCGAACUUGUGGUUGAGGCUCGGGACCUUGAAAGUCUUGAGAAAGAAGGUUUGGACAUCUCAUUAGAGGUACAUAAAGAACCGUUGGGGAAAUAUAUACGGCUAGCGACGAUUGAUAACUUCCAGGGCGAAGAAGCGAAAAUUGUCAUCAUUUCCCUAGUGCGAAGUAAUUUGGAACGGCAAUGCGGGUUUUUGAAAACUUCAAACAGGAUAAAUGUACUCCUUUCAAGAGCACAACAUGGGAUGUAUAUUGUUGGGAACUCUAGCACCUACGGCGAGGUUGAAAUGUGGGCAAAGGUCAUUUCCAUGCUAAGCGAAACUCAAAGUAUCGGGAACAAGCUACCCCUUCAAUGCCCGAGACACAAGGAUACACCCAUUGAAAUAUCAGGACCCGAUGAUUUCGUACGCCUAUCGCCAGAAGCUGGAUGCAAUCUUCAAUGCUUAGCAGAACUUGACUGUGGUCAUCUCUGCCGGAGUAAAUGUCACGCAGAUCUCCUACAUAAAGCAGUGAAAUGCCUGGAACCCUGCCCUAGGCUAAAGCCCUGUGGUCAUGGCUGUCCUAGACUCUGCGGAGACGAUUGUGAGGAGAUAUGUUCCACUGUACUUGAGGGAAAAAGCAUUUUCCUUCCUUGUAGUCAUAUCUUAACAUCGCCUCGAUGCUGGCAAGUUCAGAACCUGCAUGAAGUUCGAUGUCUCACUCGCGUGGAGAAGAUUGUCCCGGUUUGCAACCAUAAUGUUAAUGUUGCCUGUUAUGAAGAUGUAACUGAUGAUAGUUUUGUUUGUCCAGCACGAUGUGGCCAGCCUCUCCCAUGUGGACACACCUGUCAAGACGCUUGCAGAUUUUGCAGCACUCGUGGCGGGGCGCAUCCACCAUGCGCAUCGAUAUGUGGUCGGAGCUACAGUAACUGUAAGCACUCAUGCGGAAAUCAAUGUCAUCCGGAUAAAAAGUGUGUCCCUUGCGUUAUGCCCUGCGAUAAAGGGUGUGCCCACACGGCAUGCACUCAUCUAUGCUCAGAGCCUUGCACUCUCUGCACUUUGACAUGCUCAUCAGCCUGCGUGCACAGUCAAUGUUCUAUGCCCUGUUCUGCACCAUGCAACUGGAUUCCUUGUUCAAAGCGCUGUGAACAGCAACUACCUUGCGGACAUCAAUGUCCGUCUGUUUGUGGUGAGACCUGCCCAGACGUGAAAUACUGUCAAAUUUGUGCAUCUGAAGAAAUCAAAACCGCCGUGGUCGAUAUAUAUCCAGCAGCUGAACUCCGUGAAUAUCGUAAGGUUGACCUAGCGAUAGAACCGUGCCUUUUUCUGGACUGCGGACACGUAUUUGCUAUAUCAGGUAUGGAUAUAUUUAUGGGAAUGGCCCAAUAUCCCGAUAAUACUAGUCGUGAUCUUAUUGAUAUCCAUGAUUCUGUUGGGCCUUUAGCAGGUACUACCAGAUCCUGUCCACAGUGCAGAGGCAGUUUGAGAAGUAUCUCAAGGUACGGGACGGUCGUUCGUCAGAUGAUAUUGGCUGAGUCAACUAAAAAACUCGUUAUUUGGUCACACACGAAGGCAUUGGAACUCGAGCGACAGCUUAUUGAUGAACAAGAGAAACUUGCCAGAUUUGAGAGAUCUGACCGCCUUCAGGAGUCAGUUAGCAGAGCAAGCAACGGAUUCUAUGUCAGUGGAAAUCCCAUUGACCAAUUACUUGCUAUCGAUGAUUGGGUUGGCCAGGACAGAUACAAGACAAUUGUUCACCUUUAUUUUACUAUUUUCGAACACCUGGGCCGCGUUACUGCUCUGGAGCAGUCUUACUUUAAGGUGUAUGAUCUCGUGCGACGCACUAAUCAGAAUGAAGGUUCUAUGAAUAAGCCGGACCUGGAUAUCCGCACACGCGCCCAACUCACAGCUAGAAUUGUCCUAUUUCGGUGUUACCUGUUAGUGAUGAGCGACUUUGUCUAUUUGAGAAACUCGACUGAAUGCCGCACAUCCGUAAACUUCAACCUCGGCAAAGCAAUCGACGAAUGCAAGGGGCUAGUUAAGCUAGCACAGGAGGCAAAAUAUGUUCGACAAGAGGCCGAAGGCCAUAUCCUUUACUCGAAACUAAUUGCAAUAGCUCGUCGUGCGAACAAUACGGUGAAGUCUGACUAUACGGGCGGAGAUGAACAUAGUAUCGAAAAGGCCCGCAGCCAUCUUUCCAAGGCAAGGGCUCUUAUUCUUGACUUGCCAUCGGCUGCACAUCUCCGAGGUGAGAUUCAAGCUAUAAGAGAAAUGGUAGUUGGCGGAGCUUUCUUUCGCGAUGUUGCAGUGGAAGAGAAGCGUGUGAUCUGGAAGGCAAUGGCUGAGGAAGUAAAGGAAAAUGGUCACUGGUAUGUAUGCGUCUGGGGCCACCCGUUUACGCUGCUCGAUAACGAGUUGUUGGUCGAACCUAUCAAGUGCACAGAAUGUGGUGCGUACGCCAAGAAAUUUGAGAAAUGUCCGGGAUAUGCCUAAUAAGAAAACAACAAAGACACGUUCAGUGGCAUGGCGGUGGUGACCUUGAACUUGGUACACUGAGCAGUGUACUGGUAGACGUCAAACAUGUUUCUGAGGUUUAGUUAUUUUACGACGCCUAAGUGUAUCGAUACCAUCCUUCGUAGUAUGCUAAGAACCUGGGGCUAACGCAAAGACUUGCGCUAUUCAAAGUUGAACUGAGCUGUAUAUAGACGACCGACAAUUUCUAGCUAGGUAUAGCUGUUCGUAAUUCGAAACUCUUACUUGUGGUUCGCCUUUAGUUAAUACAGACUUAUCUGAAAAUUUCUCCUUUCAACCCUUAAUUGAUUAUGAG